AUGUCGAUGCUCCGCCAGACGCUGAAGGCUGCCCGCCCUGCCCUGCGUGCCCGCGCCGCUGCUGUGAGCGAGCGCUCCGCUCUGCGUAGCGCGCGCGCCGUGCGCUCGUACGCGAGCCACGCCGGGAGCGCGGCGCCGCCGAAGAGCGACGCUCCGUGGGCGAUUACUUCGCUCCUCGUCUUUGGUAGUCUCUUUGGCUGGGUGACCGUGCAGGACCCCGGAUCGGAGGACCACGGUGACCACGAAUCGCAUGGACACAAGGAGAAGGAGCCCAAGGAGGAGGAGCCCAAGGAGGAGGAGCCCAAGGAGGAGGAGCCCAAGGAGGAGGAGCCCAAGGAGGAGGAGUCCAAGGAGGAGCCCAAGGAAGAGUCCAAGGAGGAGUCCAAGGAGGAGCCCAAGGAAGAGUCCAAGGAGGAGUCCAAGGAGGAGCCCAAGGAAGAGUCCAAGGAGGAGUCCAAGGAGGAGCCCAAGGAAGAGUCCAAGGAGUCCAAGGAGGAGCCCAAGGAAGACGCUAAGGAGUCUACGGACGAGGCCCCCAAGGACGAGCCCAAGGACGACGCCAAGGAGGAGCCCAAGAAAGACGCCAAGGAGUCUACGGACGAGGCCCCCAAGGAGGACGAGUCCAAGAAGGACGAGUCUAGCGAGUCCAAGGACGCCGAGUCCAAGGACACCAAGGACGAGUAA